UCGGUGUCUGGAGACGAGUUCAGCUCGCUCGCUGAGAGAGCGCAGGCUUUUCCCUGCGCCCGUGUUUACACCUUGGUAUUGUUGUGCGGAGCUGAGAGCUAGAGGAUGAAGGCAAGAAGAUAGCAGUUCGCAAGGUGGAGCGGACAGACGCACUCUAUAGUGGACACGUCUCAGACAACUUUAACACUGAGAGGGAAACCCGGGUUCUUAUUCCCCCCCAGACUUUAAAAAGCAUGAGCUUCAUGGAAGUGUCACUCUGACAAAACUUGUUUUUUCAUGGAGAGAAGAAUCUUUCUUACUCCGAACAGUAAUGAAAGUUUUGAUUUUAUCCAUGCUUCUUUUUAGCUACCGUUUUUGACCACUGCCUGUUUAACGGGGAAAUUAUAAAGAAAGCCAUUACUUAUGCCUAUUUUUUUGUUUUGAAGAAAAGUCAAGGAUUCAUUUCGGGGUUGUUUGUGCUAAUCUGACUUCGUUCAUAAGGAUAAUAGAAAAAGAAAAGGCCAGUCUCAUAUUAUUUCGAAUUUGAAAAGUCUGUUUUCUUCAAAGUCUACAGUUUUAAAAUUAAUUGUGGAGGUGAAAGGGGGAACCGCUUGCAAGAACACCCCGGGACAUUGCACAGUGGCGUAGCCGGGGAGCGAUGCACGUAUCACGGUUAAAGCGUUCCUGGGCUGUCGGUCCUGUCUUGGUUCUUCUGAUGUGCGUCUCCUCCGUCUCUGAAGCAGGUAGUGAUUACAGCGAGGUGCUGCCGGAUUCCUUCCCCUCUGCCCCCGCAGAGCCUCUGCCGGUGUUCCAGCAGGAGCCAGAAGAUGCCUACAUCGUCAAAAACAAGCCAGUGGACCUCCGCUGCCGUGCCACGCCUGCCACACAGAUCUACUUCAAGUGCAACGGCGAGUGGGUCAACCAGAACGACCACGUGACCCGCGAGAGCCUGGACCAGAUCACAGGGCUGGUGGUGAGAGAGGUGGAUAUCUCUGUGUCCAGAACGCAGGUGGAGGAGCUGUUUGGGCUGGAGGAUUAUUGGUGCCAGUGUGUGGCCUGGAGCUCUGCGGGCACCACCAAGAGCACACGGGCGUAUGUGCGCAUUGCCUACCUGCGGAAGAACUUCGAGCAGGAGCCGCUGGGGAAGGAGGUGCCCCUGGAGGACCAGGUGCUACUGCAGUGUCGCCCACCAGAAGGCAUUCCCGCCGCUGAGGUGGAGUGGCUGAAGAACGAGGACCCUAUUGAUCCGUCCAUGGAUUCUAACUUCUUGAUCACUAUCGAUCACAACUUGAUCAUCAGGCAGGCGCGGCUGUCCGAUACGGCCAAUUAUACAUGUGUGGCGCGCAACGUCGUGGCCAAGCGCCGCAGUACCACAGCCACUGUCGUUGUAUAUGUGAACGGGGGCUGGUCAACAUGGACGGAGUGGUCUCCCUGCAACGCCCGGUGCGGGAGGGGCUGGCAGAGGCGCACGCGCACCUGCACCAACCCCGCUCCCCUGAAUGGGGGAGCCUUCUGUGACGGGGCCCCCUUCCAUCGCAUUUCCUGCACCACCCUGUGCCCAGUGGAUGGAGGCUGGACCGAGUGGACAAAGUGGUCGGCCUGCAGCACGGAGUGCACGCACUGGCGCAGCCGGGAGUGCCAGGCACCCGCGCCGCGUAACGGGGGCCGCGACUGCAGCGGCGUGCUGCUGGAGAACAAGAACUGCACCGACGGGCUCUGCAUGCACAAUAAAAAGCUUUUUGUUGAACAUAAAAUCCAUCCUGUCGAGGCCUCAGGGGAUGUGGCAUUGUACGCUGGCCUGGUAGUGGCCAUACUCCUCUCGUUUGUGAUCCUGAUGGUGGUGGGCGUGGUCGUAUACCGGCGCCACUGCCGCGACUUUGACACUGACAUCACAGACUCCUCUGCCGCGCUCACUGCUGGGUUCCACCCCAUCAACUACAAGCCUCCGCGGCAAGAUAACCCCCAGCUCCUUCAUCCCUCUGCCCCCCCUGACCUGACGGCCACAGCCGGCUCAUACCGGGGGCCGAUGUACUCCCUGCAGGACUCUGCUGACAAGAUCCCCAUGACCACCUCGCCCCUGCUGGACCCCCUCCCCAGCCUCAAGAUCAAGGUGUACAACUCCUCCACGCUGUCCUCGCUGGAGCUGCCCAAUGGGAGCGGGCUGCAGGACGGCGAGACUCUGAACAUGAAAGGCCAGGGCCUGGGGCCAACCCCCUACAGCCACACCCUGCCGCGUGAGCCGGGACACAGCGCUAGUGCCACUCUGGGCUGCCUUGGCGGGAGGCUGACCAUCCCAAACACAGGGGUCAGUUUGUUGGUCCCUCCAGGAACAAUUCCACAGGGGAAAUUCUAUGAAAUGUACCUCAUCAUCAACAAGUGGGAAAAUACCAUACUGCCCUCGGAUGGCACCCAGACGGUGCUGAGCCCAGCGGUGACCUGCGGUCCGACCAGCAUGCUGCUGUGCCGCCCUGUGCUUCUGACUGUCCCGCACUGUGCUGACCUGGAUAGCUCAGACUGGACCCUGCAGCUCAAGACUCAGUGCCACCAGGGCACAUGGGAGGAGGUGGUGACUCUGGGAGAGGAGAACCUGUCCACGCCCUGUUACUGCCAGCUGGAGUCGCGGUGCUGCCACGUGUUACUGGACCAGCUGGGCACCUACAGCCUGGUUGGGCAGUCCGGCUCACACCCGGCCUCCAAGCGCCUGCAGCUUGCCCUCUUCGCCCCCAUGCCCUCUCUGUCGCUCGACUACAGCCUCCGGAUCUACUGCACUCAGGACACCCCUCACGCUCUCAAGGAGGUGGUGGAGUUAGAGCGCAGUCUGGGGGGCUGCCUACUGGAGGAGCCCAAGCCACUGCUGUUCAAAGACAGCUACCAUAACCUGCGGCUGUCCAUCCACGACAUCCCUCACUCCCACUGGAGGAGCAAACUGCUUGCCAAGUACCAGGAGAUCCCUUUCUAUCACAUUUGGAGCGGCAGCCAGCGCACGCUGCACUGUACCUUCAGUCUGGAACGGAGCAGUCUGGCUGUCUCGGAGCUUACCUGCAAGAUCUGUGUGCGCCAGGUGGAAGGGGAGGGGCAGAUUUUCCAGUUGCACACUUCCUUGCAGGAGGACGUGACUCCUUUCAAUCCGUUCCCAGUGGCUGGGGGCUGUGUGCCUUCCACUCAGGUGGGCCCCUACGCCUUCAGACUACCUGCCUCCAUUCGCAACAAGAUUUGUGCCAGCCUGGAUGCCCCCAGUGCCCGUGGCAGUGACUGGAGACUUCUGGCUCACCGACUAGGCUUUGACAGGUAUCUGAAUUAUUUUGCCACAAAGCCAAGCCCAACGGGCGUGCUGCUGGACCUGUGGGAGGCGUGUCACCAUGACGACGCCGACCUGAACUCGCUGGCCAGCGCGCUGGAAGAGAUGGGCAAGAGUGAGGUGCUGGUCGUCAUGGCAACCGAGGGUGACUGUUAAGCAGGCGGGCGAGACUGCAAGCACAAACGGGGCGCCGUGAGCUCACAAACCUUGAGGACCACGCUCCACGUGUGUCCCCCAGAAACUCCACAUGUGGCACUCUGCACCCAUUGAAGUGAGAGCUCCCCAUUACCGAUUCAGUGCACAGCAACCCUCAUCAUCUUGCACAGGCCCGCCUGAGGCCUAUCACAGACAGGACGCUCUGGCCAGGUCUCUCAGGGAUUUCGCAGUGCAGUGUUAUUUGCAUCAGGUACCAUCGCACAGAAUGGCAGAGCUGGGCUGUGCACAGACUGUGCCGUACCCCACAGCGAAGCCUGUGCCUGCGUGUCAGUGGACUUCUUCGAUUCGCCUGAUCGACUCUGCUGCUUUAGGGGGGUGGGGGAAUUUGAUCAGGGGGCAGGGGGUGUGUGUAGGGGUGUGGGGAUGCUGCCUGCUUGUUUGUGUGAUUGUGCCCCACAGGGAGCUUGAUUCCCUUUUAUUGCCUUAGAAUCUUUCGCCAGGUCACUCCAGUAUGGAUCCAGUACACCAGAUCAGUGGGUGGGUUUGGACAAAGAAUCCCAGGGGAGCCUGAAUGAUUUGUUUUUUUUUAG